CGAUCCGUUGAAACAGUUUGUCGCGCGCCAUCGUCUAAAGUGGUCGCAGGAAACGAGCACCGGGCUAUUCCGCACGCACCGAGCCAGAAUACUUGAUCGAAACACGCGCACCGCGUCCAUCAUGAGGCUGAACUCGAUCUUACCGAACUUCAAGGCGGAGACCACUCAAGGUCCGAUCGAUUUCUACCAGUGGCAGGGCGACUCGUGGGUGGUUCUGUUCUCGCACCCCGCCGACUUCACCCCGGUCUGCACCACCGAGCUGGGACGCCUGGCCGUUCAUCAGCCGCACUUCGAGCGCAGGAACACCAAGCUGCUGGCCCAUUCCGUCGACAAGCUCAAGGACCAUGUCGAUUGGGUUAACGAUAUUAAAUCUUAUUGCCAAGACAUUUGCGGCUCGUUCCCUUAUCCAAUCAUCGCCGACCACGAUCGCAGCCUGGCGGUGAAGCUGGACAUGAUCGACGAAGAAGGCAAAGAUGAUCCAGAAAAGGCAAUAACCGUCCGCUCGCUCUACAUCAUCAGCCCCGAUCACCGUCUACGCUUGUCGAUGCAGUACCCGACCUCCACCGGUCGCAACGUCGACGAAAUCCUGCGUGUCAUCGAUUCGCUGCAGCUCGUCGAUAGGAUCCCGCAGAUUGCGACUCCGGCCAACUGGGUGCCAGGAGAGAAGGUGAUGAUCCUGCCGACCGUGAAAGACGAGGAACUCGCGAAACUGUUCCCCGGCGGUGUCGACAAAGUUUCGAUGCCUUCUGGAAAGGUGUACGUCCGCACCACCACCGACUAUUAAGCCGUGCCUCGUGCCUAAUUCGUCGUCGAUACAAACCUUUUGUACCACUCUUCUCGUCCGUUACGCGUGAUUUGUAACGCAGCGGACGCUUCGAAAUAAAGCAACGCGCCGAAAAAUGUAUCGGAAAAGCGAGUUCGUUCGAUGCGCUAUCUUCGCGAAUUCGACGAUGUUUUGCGGACGCGCAACUAUUUUGCCAAACGGUAACCGAUAACUGCUGCCGCGCUGAUAGCGACUGUUUACGCAGCAGCGUAAUCGAGAAUUUUAUCCGCCCUCCAGAAGCCCGAUAAAAACUAUCGUAGGAGCUUGCUCGUUACGCAAGUUGGUUCGAGUUUGCGCUGGCUGCAAGACAAUGAUCGAGUCGUUGUUUGUAAAUGUAAUUAGCUGUACCAAAAGAAUGAUACGUUUCGUGGCGUUCUCGUAAUUACGGUCGAUUCGAUACGAUGAGAAAUCUUUCUGGAAUUUUGGAAAGAAGCAAGGACGGAACGGAACGAACGAUAAGAUAACGAUCGCGGGUAAGAAGGACGAUUCGAUAACGGUGGACAUAUCGCACCGAGAUAACGAUGCUACAGAUAAAAUAGAGGAAAUACAAAAGAUACGACGAAAGAACGUUGCGACGAAAUAGACAAAAAUAAACGAGUUCUUCCAGA